CGCGGCGCAGGACUGGGAGCGGGGUAGCGCGGCUGCAGCCUUGGCGAGGCCUGGAGGAAGCGAGCGCAGAGACGAGGCGAGGAUCGAGGAAAGAAUAAAUGGGAUAUUUGAGAAGAAAGCUGUAUUAAAAGAAGAGUGUUGCAAAUGGCUUCAGAUUCUGUGAAUGCAAAACAAGCUAGGAAUCACUUCACAAAGGGGAAAAGGCAACAGCACCAGCAAACAAAGAGCAGAUCUCCCAUUAGUGAUGGUGAUGGAGAAGACUCCUUUAUCUUUGAAGCAAAUGAAGCUUGGAAAGAUUUUCAUGGUUCACUUCUUCAGUUUUAUGAAAAUGGAGAACUCUGUGAUGUCACACUAAAGGUUGGCUCAAAGCUAAUCUCUUGUCACAAACUGGUAUUGGCUUGUGUUAUUCCCUACUUCAGAGCCAUGUUUCUCUCUGAAAUGGCUGAAGCCAAGCAAACACUGAUUGAGAUCAGAGAUUUUGAUGGUGAUGCAAUAGAGGACUUGGUCAAGUUUGUCUAUUCUUCACGGCUCACUUUGACUGUUGACAACGUGCAGCCUCUCUUGUAUGCAGCCUGUAUUCUACAAGUCGAACUGGUGGCUAGAGCUUGUUGUGAAUACAUGAAGUUACAUUUUCAUCCCUCCAAUUGCCUGGCAGUAAGAGCCUUUGCAGAAAGUCACAAUCGAAUAGACUUAAUGGACAUGGCGGAUCAGUAUGCCUGUGAGCAUUUUACUGAAGUAGUGGAGUGUGAGGACUUUGUAAGUGUGUCACCCCAGCAUCUCCAUAAGCUUUUGUCCUCUAGUGAUCUAAAUAUUGAGAAUGAAAAGCAGGUCUAUAGUGCAGCCAUCAAGUGGCUUCUUGCCAAUCCUCAGCAUCAUUCCAAAUGGUUGGAUGAAACACUUGCACAGGUUCGUUUGCCGCUGUUGCCAGUUGAUUUUCUUAUGGGUGUUGUGGCAAAAGAACAGAUUGUCAAGCAAAAUCUAAAAUGUAGAGAUUUAUUGGAUGAAGCAAGAAAUUACCACCUUCACUUGAGCAGCAGAGCAGUACCUGACUUUGAAUACUCCAUUCGGACUACUCCAAGGAAGCAUACUGCUGGUGUGCUGUUUUGUGUAGGUGGUCGAGGUGGAUCUGGUGACCCCUUUCGCAGUAUUGAAUGCUAUUCUAUCAACAAAAACAGUUGGUUCUUUGGACCAGAAAUGAAUAGUCGAAGGCGACAUGUGGGUGUAAUCUCUGUGGAAGGUAAAGUGUAUGCCGUGGGUGGACAUGAUGGAAAUGAACAUUUAGGUAGCAUGGAGAUGUUUGAUCCUCUCACUAAUAAAUGGAUGAUGAAGGCAUCAAUGAACACAAAGAGGCGAGGAAUUGCCUUGGCCUCCUUAGGAGGUCCAAUUUAUGCAAUUGGAGGGUUAGAUGACAACACUUGCUUCAAUGAUGUGGAGAGAUAUGACAUAGAAUCUGAUCAGUGGAGUACAGUGGCACCAAUGAAUACUCCCCGGGGAGGAGUUGGCUCUGUGGCUCUAGUAAACCAUGUUUAUGCAGUAGGUGGCAAUGAUGGAGUCGCUUCUUUAUCUAGUGUGGAGAGGUAUGAUCCACAUCUGGAUAAGUGGAUAGAAGUUAAAGAAAUGGGUCAGCGAAGAGCAGGCAAUGGAGUCAGUGAGCUGCAUGGUUGCUUAUAUGUUGUUGGUGGUUUUGAUGAUAAUUCUCCUCUGAGUUCAGUUGAGCGGUAUGACCCUCGAAGCAACAAGUGGGAUUAUGUAGCGGCACUUACCACUCCCAGGGGUGGAGUGGGGAUCGCAACAGUGAUGGGCAAAAUCUUUGCAGUUGGUGGUCAUAAUGGCAAUGCAUACUUAAAUACAGUAGAAGCAUUUGAUCCAGUGCUGAAUAGGUGGGAGCUUGUUGGAUCUGUGUCUCACUGCAGAGCUGGAGCAGGUGUAGCAGUGUGUGCCUGUUUAACUAGCCAAAUUCGAGAUGUAGGUCACGGAUCCAAUAAUGUGGUGGACUGUAUGUGAUUUGAGUUCUAGUCACCAACAAUUUAGUCAUAUCUGAUAGGCAAAAAAGACAACCAGGAUUUUGUAUGACCACCUUCGAACAGUAGAGUCUUAUUUAAAUGUAAACUGUUGUAUUGUGAUUAAGUGCAACUUUUGGAAUGGUAGCUGCACAAUUAUUAGUAAUAAUAUUAAAUUUGAUACUUGCCGCUUGAGCAGAUAAUGGCGUAGGGAAGGCAGUCUAAUCUGAAACCAUCCCUCCUCCAAAAAAUGUUUAAAGUAGUGCCAAAAUCUUGAAAUCCCUUUUUUAAAAAGGUGUGGAUGAAUCAAAAUGUAAAAUGGAGUCACUUGCUGAGUUUUUACCUUUUCUUUUGCCUAAAAGUGUUAACCUUAGGCAGUGCGUUUUUCCUGGAGGAGAGAUUAGAACCUAAUCAUCAACACAAGGAUAUCAGGACGUAUAAGAAACCUGCUUCUUUUGAAGAUCAUUUCUACUUGGUGCUGAUGAAUUUAUGCCUUGCUUUUUUCUUGGUGUUGAUUUUUCAAUUUCUUGGAUAUUUACAAAAGUAGAAAACAUGUUUCAUCUUUCUGAGUGCCACUUGGCUGAAUUUUCAGAAGCUUAUAGGAGUGCUAUAAGAAGCCCUUAGUUUCAGUUUGAAUUGUGAGGACACCAAAAGACCUAGCUGCACUUAAUUCCAUCUGAACGAAUCUAAACUUUUAUUUUUUCAUCUCAUGCAAAAAGGAUUUGUUUCAUAAUCAAGAAUUGAACCAGAGGAAAUAUUAAAGAAGGCUUUAGAGUUGAUGUUAUUUUAGUGCCCAGUUGAGAGACCUUGAGAAGGAAUGGUGCUGAUUACAUGACUCCUUCAUGAGGGGAAUCUGAAAACAUGUUUAACACUCUUCUUUGAUUUAAUCAUUUGAUUUUUGAACCCAAGAUUUAUUACCUUUCUAUUUUGCUGUUUGCCACCAUCCUGGUUUUUCUAACUGUACACAAUCUGGAUUUAUUUAUUAUCAGAAAAUGAAUGCAUUUUUACAAAAACCCUUCAUAACUAUAGUUUACUGAUUAGUUCAAGUCCAUCAUUACCAAUAAAAGAUAGUGUUGGUAAAAACAGAGAAAGAUUGAAGUACUGUUUGUCCUGUUAUAUUUAGUCCCCUCUGGUAUAUUUAUUGAACUUUAAUUGAAAAUAUGUCUAUACAUUAAUUUGAAGCCAGAAUAUUUACACACCUACUGAUUUAAUAGCUCUUCAUGAUUUUAACUAGCAUUAUAAAAUGGCAUAUUCAUUAUAUGUAUAUAUUUUUAUAAAUAUUUAUGAAGAAUAUUAAAAUAUUCUAUUUUGUAUUUGUAAUGCAGUUUGGUACCUCUCUUCCAGGCCUUCCUAAAUUGUCCUUUAGUCAUGCCUUAGAAUGUAGUGCAGUUCACUGCUGGUCAGUCCAUCUGGUUCACAAGGAAGCUGGGGUAGUGAAGAACACUGCACCCAUCCAUCCAGCCCUAAAGUUUAUUGCCUAGUAGCUCUAAUGGUCCUCAUUAAAUGGCAGCCUGGGCCAUUCAGUACAGUAGGGCAAAAAGCCACAUUACAAAAGCCAGUGCCUAUUAGGUAUAUUAGACCCAAAAAAAGAAAAAGAGAAAAUUGUUAAGAGGUCCCAAGCUAGCAGGUAAAGGUCUUUUAUGGAGCAGAUUUAUAACUUCCUGAAUUAUGCCAUUUUUUGCUGUCAGCCUAUGGGCAAGUUCAUAAGUUAUGGCUGGAUCCGAACCAGUGGUCUCUUGUAAAACUAUACCCAUAUUUCAGUCAAUCCCCAAAGCAUUUAACUGGAUAGCACUCACUGGCUGGAUGUGGAGAAUAAGUCUCAAAACCUGGCUUCAACUGCCUAUUUCUCAUGUCUAAUGGAGUUCUUGUAUUAUAAUGCUUGUCUAGUUAUGGUUACUAGUAUGUUUGUUAUAUUUAUUUUUCUAGGGGAAGGGUCUUCAUCUUAUUGUUUCAAGAUUAUUUAAAAUGUCUUUUUCUUGAACAUAUUUCUGCCUUUGUUGUGUGUAUAGAGUUUAGGAGCAUAAAGGUGUUAUAUUGCUAUUUCUGGUUUUUACUGCACAGUAGUCAUCUAACAUACUAAGUUGGUACCCUAGCUACCCAUAAAAUAUGAACUACUUUUAAGUAAAGGGAACAUGUGGCUGUCUGUUACAUUAUGUAUGGGGAGUCGGAAGCAUAGCCUUGAAGGACCUGACAGUGGUAUGAAAAGAUAAAUAGUGGAAUCAAUAUGCACAGUCUCUUUAUUAAAAACACAUUCUUGGAGAUAUGAAAUGAGAAUCAAAGGAAUCAUGCAACUGAAAGAUGAUUAUAUUCAUCGGAAUAAAGAGAUGAAAUAUUCAAAGAUGGCUGCUUAAUUGUGAGGCCUGUCACUUUAACCUCAGAUAAUAGGGCCUACCAAAAAGUGAUAUAAAAUAAAGCUAAAAUUUUGAAAUUGUAAAUGGAAAAAAGAAAAAGUAAAAAUUUGCAUAUUAUUUCUUUAAGAAACAUUUCUAGGUCCUUUUGUGUGAUUCUCCCAUAUGGUCAUUAAAGCCUCUGCUUACUAUAUUGCACUGCCACUUUAAAAACCUAUUUCUUGACAUUGUUUUUGACUAAUUUUACUAUGUUCUGUGUAACUGAUUAUUUUUUAAAUGUUCGUGUAAACUUUCUACUCUCCCUAGGGAGUAUUAUUUAUUCUCUUAAUUCCCAAAUGAAUUUUGAACUCAUAAUGCUGUUAAAUGCCUAGAUAAGAGAUUGUUGAAAUUGCAUAAACUACUCUUGCAAAUGGUAAACUUGAGAAUCUUCUGUGUUCUUUUUUCUCCAUGUCUUAUAUGAUAAGAGAAUGCAUUUAAAACUAAUUCAUGUCUUAUCAAUUAAGAAUGUUUUCUGUGGUUUCUCAUAUCAGACUUUUAAAGAAAUUAUUAUUGGAUAUCAUUGGCAUUGUCUCUUUUUCCCCUUUAUGUGGAGUUACAAGUGGCAAUAAAACUUCUCUGUAAUAUUUUCUUAAAACCAUACAUAAAUUUGUGUAAUACUCUAGCAAAUCAAAAUAAUAAAUUAUCACAUAUAGUACCAAGUACUGAGAUCAAAGAAUUGGGUUCACAUCAGUACUAUUUAUUGAUUCGAAAUAUACUGUGUGUAUCUAUUAUGAAUAGGAACUUCUUUCUAUAAGGUCUGUGUAACUUUGCUUCUCAUCGUUUGACUGCUUUUAUUGAAUCCUAUCAAAACUAUGUAAUUGUUUAUUCUCCAUCCCUCAAAUAUAAAAUCUAUUUUAAUACGUUGGCUGUAAUAUAUUUCUCUUCAUGAAAGGGAUCUUUAUGUUUAACUGAAAGUAGGAAGAUUUUUGUUAACCCUUACAAAAAUUAAAGGUUAAAGGCAACUACGUAAGUAGUUUCACUAAUCUUAGCGACUGAUUAAGCAAUUGUCUCAUCAGCAAUUGCAGACUUGUACUAUAUAGAAAUGAGGUUCUUUAUGCAUUA